GAAAUUCAGAAGAAGAAGAAGAAUUUGACUAGCGACAGGCGCGUUCGGUGUCAGUGUUCGAUGUUGUAUUGAAGAAAAUACAACUGACAGCGUCCUGAGCCAUGAGUGAGUUCAGGAUCCACCACGAUGUGAACGAGCUGCUGAGUCUGCUUCAUGUUCGAGGAGGAGAUGGAGCAGAGGGCUACAUAGACCUGCUGCAGAAACACAGGACCCCUUAUGUAACGACCACAGUCUCUGCUCACAGCGCGAAGGUUAAAUUAGCAGAAUUUUCCAAAACUCCUGAGGACUUCUUGAGGAAGUAUGAGGAGCUUAAGUCCAAAAAUGUCAGAAACCUUGAUCCAUUAGUCUAUCUGCUCUCCAAGCUCUGCGAGGACAAAGAGACGCUCCAGUGCCUGCAGCAAAAUGCCAAAGAGAGGUCAGAGUCCUCAGCAAACACAGCAUCGACCACAACCACAAGCUACAGUCUGCCUCAGACCAGCACCAAAAUGUCCAUGCAGGAGCUGGAUGAGCUGAGAAAGAAGCUCGGAAACGCAACGGCCAGCUCCAAUGCUCCUCUACCUGCUGAAGUUACCCGCAAGAUGCUAAGGGACAAACACUACAAGAAGAACCCGACUCAGCCCAAUCCUGUGUUUCCAAACUGGGUGUAUGAACGUCCGGCUCUCCUCGGAGACUUCAUCACUAGCCCAUCUCCACCAGGAGAUCCAGCUGUGGCCAUCGGUACGAUGCUCCCAGCUGCUCAAGAACAGGCUCUAGUGGAGGAUCUACUGUCUGUGCUGGUGGGCGUUGAUGGGCGAGACAUCACAGCUCAGCCUGUGCUUGGGAGACAGAACCGCUCCUUCAUCGUUGAUUCAACGCUGGACAUGUCUGUCAAAGAGCUGGUCAACAGGAUUCUACCUGUAGCCUCGUAUUACUCCACUAUAACACGCUUCAUUGAGGAGAAGUCGUCUUUUGAGUACGGUCAGGUGAACCACGCACUAACGGCGGCAAUGAGGACUCUGAUGAAGGAGUAUCGGAUUCUGGUCACUCAGCUGGAGCAUCUGCAGCGACAGGGUCUGCUGUCCCUGCAGAAACUCUGGUUCUACAUUCAGCCCACCAUGAGAACCAUGGAGAUACUGGCCUCCAUCGCCUCAUCCCUGGACAAAGGGGAGUGUAUGGGUGGGUCGACACUGAGUCUUCUUCAUGAUCGAACCUUCAACUACACCGGAGACAGCCAGGCUCAGGAGCCGUGUCUUUACCUCACCAAAGCAGCCAGCGUCCCUUACUUUGAGAUACUGGAGAAGUGGAUCUACAGAGGCAUCAUUAAUGAUCCAUACAGUGAGUUCAUGGUGGAGGAGCAUGAGCUGCAGAAAGAGAAAAUCCAGGAAGACUACAAUGACAAGUACUGGGAUCAGAGAUACACCAUCGUUCAACAUCGUAUUCCUUCUUUUUUGCAGAAAAUGGCUGACAAAAUAUUAAGCACUGGUAAAUACCUGAACGUGGUGCGGGAGUGUGGCCGUGAUGUGACGUGUCCGGAUGCUAAAGAGGUCCUGUACACCCUGAAGGAGCGGGCGUAUGUGGAGCAGAUAGAGAAGGCUUACAACUACGCCAGCAAGGUGCUGCUAGACUUCCUCAUGGAGGAGAAGGAGCUGGUGUCACGCCUCAGAUCCAUCAAGCACUACUUCUUAAUGGACAAAGGGGAUUUCUUUGUUCAUUUCAUGGACCUGACGGAGGAGGAGCUGAAGAAACCAGUAGAUGACGUUGUUCCCCCCAGACUGGAGGCACUCUUGGAGCUGGCUCUGAGGAUGAGCACGACCAACACCGACCCCUUCAAAGACGACCUCAAGAUCGACUUGAUGCCUCAUGACGUCAUCACUCAGCUGCUGCGAGUUCUCGCCAUCGAGACCAAACAGGAGAAAGCCAUUAUCAACGCAGACCCGACAGACAACACGCUGAGCGGGCUGGAAGCUUUCUCCUUCGACUACAUCGUCAAAUGGCCGCUCUCACUCAUCAUCAACAGGAAAGCCCUGACGAGGUACCAGAUGUUGUUCAGACACAUGUUUUACUGCAAACAUGUGGAGAGGCUGCUCUGCAAUGUGUGGAUCAGCAACAAAGAUUUCAAGCAGUUCUCCUUACGUUCUCCAAAAUGGUUCGCUGCGGCAUUCGCCCUCCGACAGCGCAUGCUCAACUUUGUGCAGAACAUCCAGUACUACAUGAUGUUCGAGGUGAUGGAGCCCAACUGGCACAUCAUGGAGAACAACCUGAAAACAGCGUCAAACAUUGACGACGUUCUCUGCCAUCACACAAGCUUUCUGGACAACUGCCUGAAGGACUGCAUGCUGACAAACCCGGAGCUUCUCCGGAUCUUCUCCAAACUUAUAGCAGUCUGCGUCAAGUUCACUAACUGCAUGCAGCGUUUCACCCAGAGUAUGAGGUUAGAGCGUCUUUCUCUGGAACAAGGAACCAUGGACAGUCCACCGACACAGAGCGAACAGGCUGAUGAAGCAGAGAAGAAGAGACUCACCACGAAGUUAUUAUCGGAGUACGUGGACACUCUGCAGUCUGACGCAGGCUUUGAGGCCACCAUCAGCAAGUUUGACAGUAACUUCAGCAUUCUGCUGCUGGACCUGCUGGACAAACUAAGCAUUUACAGCACCAACGACUGUGAGCACAGCAUGAUCAGCAUCAUCUACAGGCUGGAUUUCAAUGGAUUCUACACAGAGAGGCUCGAGAGGAUGGCCAUAGAGCGCAGUCAGAAAGCAGCUGCAUAGCAUGUUGUCUCUGUCUCGUCCAGCUGUAAAAAUGUCCUUUCUUUCUCUAUUACACAAACCGCCCACAGGCUGUGGAGUCCCAGAACUGAUGCAUCAGUGUGUAAAUUAUAAAAUGUAUGUAAGAAAUGUAGAGUUAAAGUCUAAUGUUUGCAGCCUCAUUUCAAUGCUUCAAACUGUACAUUUUAAGAAAUAUGGAACUUGUAUGUUUAUUCUGCUCUGAAAGUGUACGUCAUGACACUCCUUAUGGGUAACUUAUUGUACCUGUAAAACCAAAAUGUAUGUUUGUAUUCAUUUAAACAAGACUGCUGAAUUUGUACCUCAGGCCUUUGCAUUAACUAAACACCAUACAAGCAGAGAAACUU